UUUCAUCACUGCAGGCAAGCUCAAGCUCAAGCUCCCAAGGUGAUCAUGUCUGGUUCUAAGCAUUUUAGUGAAGUAGAUUUCGACGGCAUAACGUUUUCAGAUGAGGACUUGAAGGGAGUUGAACUCCCUCACAACGAUGCACUUGUUGUUUCCAUGAUGGUGGCAAACGCUAAGGUGGACAAGAUCUUUGUCUCCUCUGGCUUUGGACCUUGUCUUCUUUACCUUUCCACUCUGGAGAAAGUCUUGGGGCUCAGCCGGAACGAUAUUCUUCCCGUUAAACAGACUGUUAUGGGAAACUAUGGGGAAAAGACUGAAAGUAUUGGAACAAUCACUCUCCUUGUCACAGCUGGUGAUAGGCCCCCGAGAGUCCGUACAUUCAUGGUGGAUUUUAUGGUUGUGGACUGUCCUUCAGUGUAUGACAUCAUCUUUGGAUACAGAGGGCUGAAAGCAUUGGAAGCAAUUAUAUCAACAUACCAUCUUUUUCUCCGCUUCCAUACAGAUGCUGGAGUUGGAGAAGUCAGAGGAGAUCAGAAGAAGGCUAGAGAGUGUGAGAAGGCUCUCCAGGAACUUGCAGAGCGCAAGGCCUCUCAAGGAACCGCUGGAACCAAAUCAGUCAAGGUGGAAAGACCAUAACUCUGUUAUGAAGUUACAAAAACACACUUUCUUGGUUGGUUAGAAAUUUCAAAACUCAUAUCAUAUGUUGUCAUCUUAAUUAACUAAAUCAAUGUUUUCAUUUGUGUUGGCCUAAACCCUGCUUUUUUGUGAACCCUGUUUUUGUGUAUUGUGCCACUUACGACUUAACUAUGUUCCCUAGAGCUUUAUUUGUGGAAUUAUAUAUGGGUUAUCAGACAAUAGUUUGUUGAGA